UCUCGCCGGGCUGGGAGGAGCGCGGAGCAGCCCUGAGCGCGGCGCGAAGAGGGGAGGUAGGCCGGUGUGCGCGCGGGACGCGGGUGUCCCUCCCGCGGGCAGGGCACGGUGAGGGGACCUGCACAGCUGGCGAACUCAGGCGGCGCCGAGGACAGCCGGGCGAGCGCCGGGGCUUCGGCGGCGCCCGGCCGGAGGCGGGACAGGAAGGCACCGGUGGCGCAGCAGCCUCGGGCCGCGCGGGGAGGGGGUUCUGCCCACGGUCCCCCCUGGGUGUGCCCCCAGCCCCAGGCCCCUCCAGAGGACACGUUUGAGCACGUCCCUGCCGUUGUCGUCUCAUCCCCUGCCAUAGCCCCUCCCCCAGGCCUGGGACCCCCGCCCUGCUGCUCCGGCCCCGUUAUUCCCAGUCCACCUCUCAACCCCACGUCGUGCUGACCCGAGCUCCCUGUCCUGCCCCUUUCCUCCAUCGGUCCGUCUCCCCGGGCAGCGAGCGCCCCGGCCGAGACCCACGUAGUAGACACUCGUCAGCAAGUUCUCACUCCGGUCAUCUUAUCCCUCUGCCUAGCUCCACCCUAGGCCCUGUCCCCUCUGGCCCUUUGUCCCCGGUCCCAGCCCCGCGCUGACCGCAGGCUCAGCGCUCGCUCCCGAACCGCUGUGUCACCCCAACCCCCCAGCCCCUCCCCACCCCGGCAACGCGCCGCGACCCGGAAUGCAGCCCGCAGGCAGGGCGGCCGUCAGGGAGGCGGUGGCCCGCGACUCGCUGGCCGCCGAUCUGCGGUGCAGUCUGUUCACUUCGGCCCUGCAGAGCUACAAGCGGGACUCCGCGCUGCGGCCUUUUCCCGCAUCCUAUGCCCGCCAUGACUGCAAGGACUUUGAGGCCCUGCUUGCAGAUGCCAGCAAGUUACCCAACCUGAAAGAACUCCUCCAGUCCUCCGAAGACAAAGACAAGUGGGCCUGGGACCUGCUGAACUGGAUUUUAUCCUCAAAGGUCCUGACAGUCCACAGUGCAGGGAAGUCAGAGUUUGAAAAGAUCCAAAAGCUGACCGGCGCCCCUCACACUCCUGUUCCGGUGCCGGACUUCCUGUUUGAAAUCGAGUACUCCGACCCAGCAAAUGCCAAAUUUUAUGAGACCAAAGGAGACCGAGACCUAAUCUAUGCCUUCCACGGGAGCCGCCUAGAAAACUUCCAUUCCAUCCUCCACAAUGGCCUGCACUGCCACCUGAACAAGACAUCCUUGUUCGGGGAAGGGACCUACCUCACCAGCGACUUGAGCCUGGCCCUCAUUUACAGCCCCCAUGGCCACGGGUGGCAGCGUAGCCUCCUCGGCCCCAUCCUCAGCUGCGUGGCUGUGUGUGAGGUCAUUGACCAUCCAGAUGUCAAGUGCCAAACCAAGAAGAAAGAUUCCAAGGAGAUAGAUCGCAAGAGAGCGAGGAUCAAGCACAGCGAAGGGGGAGACAUCCCUCCAAAGUACUUUGUGGUCACCAACAACCAGCUCCUGCGAGUGAAGUACCUGCUGGUGUACUCACAAAAGCAGGCCAAGAGGGCUUCGAGCCAGCUGUCCUGGUUUUCCAGCCAUUGGUUUACGGUCUUGAUAUCCCUGUAUCUGCUGCUGCUGCUCGUAGUGGGUGUGAUCAACUCCUCAGCCUUCCAGCACUUCUGGAAUCGUGCAAAAAGAUAAUCUUUUGGGGCCUGGUGUGGGGACCCCCUCAGCCACGUGCCUUAUGACAACUCGUGCUGUACCUCCUGUGUCCCGCCUCUGGUCAGGGUGAGCCUGGGGGCCAGUUGGGGACCACAGGACACUUUUCAUAUGCCAUAAAUGUUUCGAUUGCCUUUGAUGAUGCUCCCAGCCACACUCCGGCCAACAGGGACUGCUGGUCCCUAACGCAUAGGUUUCGGGGAGCCCUCCUGUCUACUCCUGCCUAAACAGUCCUAGGGAGUUGGCUUUUCGAUCAGGGCCAAAGGAAAAAGUCCUGCUGCAUUUAAAAACAAAGUGUCCAAGCCGUCAGCGGUAUGUUUACAAUCGCUCCUGGCGGACUCUGGCCCUCUCUCUAAUGCCUUCUGGACGGCGGAAAAUGUGUAGUGGGGGCGAUAAAUCACGAGGCGGUUGCCUUGUUUUGACUUGAGACACUCAGGAGGAAAGUCAUGUUUCUCAUAAAAAUUGGUGGGACAGUUUUUGAAUUCCAUCUGCCUUUGUGAGUACAAAACAUUUUCAGUUUUUUUCAAAUCAACAAACAGCAUUCUGCUACAGCUGUGCCCGACCGUGGCCCCACCGUGGACAAGGAAGGAAGGAGUCAGGUCUGAUGAAAGAUACAAACCUAACAGUGAGCAACUCAAGUCGUCUUUUUAAAAAAACCACCGACCGCUGGUUACAGCUGCAGGCCUGCCUCCUGCUCUCGCUCUCACAGCGCUGCCUCCGCUAUGGCCUGCCAGCCGGCCACCAGGGCCAGCCGCGGGCCUCCGUCGCUGCCGGCCUUCGAGACAGAGGCCUGCCUUGGUGUGUCACCGGUGCGUGGGGACUGAGCCUCCCCCGGAGGGGUCACGGGUCUCCAGGACUCAGCCUGGGCUGAGCACGUGCAGGAAGAGCCUCGGGUCUCCUUGCUGUAUCCUCCCCCCUGCCCUGUUUCAGUCAUGAUGGAGCCCCGUCUCAUUUGGGGAUGGUGGUGGUGGGUGGGGGGAGAGUUCUAUAAAGAAGGGGCAAAGUCAUUUUUCCAUAAUUUGUGAAGUUGUGAAAAAGCCACUAUCAUGGUUUUUACAUUGAAUACUGGAACAUUUCAGAAAUAAUAAAAGUAUUUUCCUAAUUA